AUGAAACUGCCUAACAGUGAAGUUGAUGACUUCAUGAUGAGAAGUGAAGAAACCGUCAGUCAUUUACGCGAGGAUAAUGUUCGUCUAGAGCGUGAACUAUUUCUUUCUCACGAACAGCUUGAAUGUGCAAAAAACGAAAUAAUUUCACUGCAACAGUCGUUGGAUCGUAGCGAUGCAAUCGCAAUAACAUCGCGAAACGACAAUCAGAGGCAGUGCCGACUUCGACAUUUGAAAGAUACCGCCGAACAAGCUCGUACCCAACGAGAUGAAUCUGUUAGAAAGAUGGAGUCGUUGCGCAAGCAACUGGAGCUUGCUGUCCAAGAGAUUGAAAGUCUUACUCGCUCUAACGAAGAAGUUCGCCACUUAGAAGCUGCACUUGAGAAGAGUCGUAUUGAGAAAUCUGAUCUGUAUGAUGAGUUGUCUUCACAACGAUCAAUGCUUGAUCGUGUUUUGGCAGAAAAAGAUGCUCUCCUUGCUCAAGUGACAACUCUCAAUGGACAGCUUGACGAAAGAACAAACCGGCUGCGUCAAGCAGGUGAGGCUAAGAUGGACACAACUCUCAGGAUAGUUGAGCUGGAGUCCCAAAUUGCUGCUAUUUUACGUGAGAGGGAUACCAGCGCUGAACACAACCAAGACCAACCAUCAUGUAGCGGUCUUGGUGCGGAUCAGCCACCUCUUAAAACUAUUCCGAUAGACCACGUUGCCGUACAAAUAGAGAACGAGGGGGAUCGCGCUGAAAUUGAACGACUUCGCACUGAAUUGAAAAGGGCAGAAGAAAGAAUCGCUGAGGUGCUGGAGGUCUUUGAAAGGACUGUGGGUGAUGAUCAGCGACUGCUUCCUGAAACUUCAGUUUCGUCAGAACAUGAUGCCUUUGUGUGGCCACAUCACUUCAUAACUGCGUCCACGCCGUUGCCAUCGUUAGUCACACUUUUGUCACGCCGUUUGAGUGCGCUUCGACAUCGUCCGUCGCGUGCCAUAUUGCCUUAUUUCCGCUAUGCCAUGGCUGUCUAUGCGGUCGCCCUUCAUAUUAUGCUCAUUCAUUGUUGGUUUUUCGCUGUUUGUCCAUGA